GGAAAAUAAUAAACCAGAAGGGAACCAACAGUACAACUAGAAGGAAGCAGGACGGGAACAUCUAGGUUCGGUAGCGGCGUGUAUAACACCACCUUAACAUCUAACAUCACCACCAUGGCUGACCCGGAAAAACAGCCCGAGCAACCCAAGGCCAAUCAACAAAAAAUGGUCAUUGCUAACAAAGUGACCGGGACUGUGAAGUGGUUCAACGUAAAAAGUGGUUACGGGUUUAUCAACAGAAAUGACAUCAAAGAAGAUGUAUUUGUUCAUCAAUCGGCUAUUGUUAAAAACAAUCCAAAGAAAGCCGUACGAAGUGUUGGGGAUGGAGAAGUCGUUGAAUUCGACGUAGUUAUCGGCGAAAAAGGUCAUGAAGCUGCAAACGUAACAGGACCUGACGGUGAACCAGUUAAAGGUUCACCCUAUGCCGCAGACAAACGUCGUGGUUAUCGUACGUGGUACCAUCGACCACGUGGCGGUGGCGCAAGACCUCAACGUAGACCAAGAGAAGGUCAAGAAGGUUACGAGUCCGGUGACGGUAAACAAGCCGAGGACAGUAACGCCGGCGAAGGUAACCAGAGACGUUACAGACCACGUCGUAAUUUUGACGGUUACUAUCGCGGUGGACGUAGAUCAGGUCCACCAAAUCAACAGCACGGUGAGAAUGGAGGUGAAGGAGGCGGAGCUGCUCGUUAUGACAAAGGCGACCAAGGCGGCGACGGUGUCAAUGAAGGAGGCGGCCCACCACGUAGUGGACGCGGACGCGGUUCAGCACCACGUCGAUUCUACCGCCGUAAUUUCCGCGGUGGUAGAGGAGGCGGUGGCCCACCAAGGCGACCAAGAAGCCAAGAUAAUCAAGUGAGUGAUGAAGACCAUAGUAAUGGUGGCGGUAGAAACUCAGUUAGACUUUUGCAUCCACAUUUUAGACGACGCAUAACACGUAAUUCACGUUACGCAAAUCGUCAGUAUGGAAACAAAGAAAAUAUCCAUCCAUUUGUUGAUCCUAUUUCCUCAAUCCAUACCAAUAAGAUUCAUCCUGAAGCCGGCGAUAAUGUUAUCAAGACGGAGCAGAAAACUCAGGUAUCAAUGAAGCAUAAUGAGUCAGAAGUGUGUAAAAAACAGGAUACACAAGCUGUACCUACUUCCCAGGACAGCCAGGCUGUGCAGAACACCACCACCGAGAGCAACGCUUAAUUAAUUGAUAAUUAAAAAAAAAAGAAUAAUAAUAAUAAAUAUAAAUAAUUAAAGCGCUACUACCACCAUUCAACACUCCUUUUAAAGUUUGUAACACCAAUAUCCCAUUUAAAAAAACACUACAGAUGAAUUUAAACAGCAGCGGUAAUUAAUAUCAGCAACAUUUUAAAUAAAUACAUCAACAACAACAAUAACAACAACAACAACAACAACAUUUACAACAACAACCAACAUUUAAAAAUAUAUAUAACAAUUAAUUAAAAAAAAAAAUUUGAAAAAUAUCAAGACAAGAAAAUUUAUUUAACACUUCCCAGUAAAAAUAACAAUCAAGAAAAAAAAAUUGAUGGAUAAUAAUUAAGAUAUUUAACGUCUGACAUAAAAUAAUAAUAAUAAUUAUUAUUAUUAUUAAUAUUAUUAUUUAAAAAAAAAUUGCUGGGCAAAUUUAAUUAAUUGGACGCUUGCUAUUAAUUAAUAUUGAGUUAAAUAUCAAUUGAAUUUAUUUGCUGUGUGAAAAAAAUUCAAGGGUUUUGGGAAAUAAUUAUUUGAUUUAAACGGGUGUACUUUAAAUAUUUUGUUAUCGUUACAUUUAAAUGCAUUUGAUUUUUUUUUUUUUUAUCGUACUGAGAGUACGCUGAUGUUUAAAAAAACUUUGUCAGUAAAGAUAAAUUAUGAUUAUAUUAUUAAUUAUGAUAAUAAUAUUAAUGAUGAUAAUAAUUGAAUUGUCUAUUCGUAUUUUGUACGAUAAUUUUUUUUUUCUUUUUUUCAUCAAAACGAUCCCCAAUAAUUAUAAUCAUUGACAUUUAAAUUGAUGCUAUUGUUUGGUAAAGAAUAAUAAUAAAAUUGAUUUUUUUUCUUUAAUUGAUACUGUGACAAAUCAUUGUAGACUAUUUACGUAUUCUUUAUUUGACAGAUGAGUUAAUUAAUUGUUAAAUUGUAUGUUAAGUAUUUCGUAGAGAUACUGAAGAAAAAAAACAAUAAUAAUAACAACAAUAAAAUUAUACAGCUUUGCAUGAACAUCUUUAAUUAGGUUGUAGUAUUAUCACUAAAUAAAUAUCCAUUUUUCUUUUUACAUUUA